CUCCGUCUCCACAUUCAGACGACUUCACUUCCACUCAGCACACAGAAGGUUUUUUCCAGUCGAGGAAAUGUCGACCCUGGUCCUCCUCCUGCUCCUGGCCACCCCCGCCGCCACCGCUACUGUUUUCCUGGAAGACAAGACGGCCAAUCAGGUUCUGACCCGGCCGAGACGAGCCAACAGCUUCUUAGAGGAGCUAAAACAAGGCAACCUGGAGAGGGAGUGCAGGGAGGAGCGAUGUGAUUUGGAGGAGGCGCGAGAGAUCUUUGAGAACACAGAGAAAACGAAAGAGUUCUGGGCCAUAUACGUUGAUGGCGACGCGUGCGAGUCGAUGCCGUGCGCCAACGCUGGGAGCUGUAAAGACGGGAUCGGAAGCUACACGUGCUACUGCCAGGACGGAUAUCAGGGCUUCAACUGUGAAAUAGUUAUUCCUGAGCUCUGCGAGAACAAAAAUGGCGGCUGUGAACAUUUCUGCAACGUGGUCGAGGGAAGCGUCCAGUGCUCCUGCGCUGACGGAUACUUCCUGGCGUCAGAUGAUAAAUCGUGCAGCUCGAACGAACCCUUCAAAUGUGGCUCCGUCAUAUCGGGAAAGACCCGAACGGUUUUCAGGUACGAGAGGACCAACGUGACCACGGAGGGGGGCAUAGGUGCGUGGAACACCAACGACAAUGCCACCAUCGCCGCCAAUGUCACCGGACUAGAGGACGCACACCUGAACAGCAGCCUGAGGGUCCUAGAGGACUUGGUCUGGCCUCAAAUGUCCAGCAUGACUCGUAUUGUUAACGGAGAGGACUGUCCCCCAGGACAAUGUCCAUGGCAGGCUCUGCUCCUGAAUGAAGAAAACCAGGGGUUCUGUGGAGGAACCAUCCUCAACGAAUACAUCAUCCUGACCGCUGCCCACUGCAUGAACCAGUCCCGCUACAUCUACGUCAAGCUCGGUGAGUUUGACACGCUGGUGGACGACGGUAACGAAGCAAUACACCACGUGGAAACGAUUGCUGCCCACACCAAGUACCGACCGGACACCUACCACAACGACAUCGCACUCAUCAAACUGGCCACGCCCAUCAAAUUCUCCAGGUUCAUCCUGCCCGCCUGUAUACCCGAGCAGGACUUCGCUGAGAAGGUCCUGAUGCGGGAGCCGGACGGCAUAGUCAGCGGGUUUGGACGUCUGGGCGAAGGUCGUCAAGCGUCCACCAUCCUGCAACGCCUCUCCGUCCCCUACGUGGACCGGGCCACCUGCCUCAAAUCCACCCAGCUACGAAUAUCUGCCCGAAUGUUCUGCGCCGGCUACGACUCGAUAGCCAAGGACGCCUGCCAGGGCGACAGCGGUGGGCCACAUGUCACGCGCUACCGCGACACCUACUUUGUUACCGGCAUCGUGAGCUGGGGCGAAGGCUGCGCCCGCAAAGGCAAAUACGGCGUCUACACCCAAGUGUCCAAGUACAUCCGCUGGAUCCAGGAGGGAAUCGACCAGCUGGUGCGCAAAGACAAGCGCGGCGGUGGUGGGAGGAUGAAAAGGCACCAUGGCGCCAUCAAGAGGCUGCGUCUGUAAAAUGCCACGGCUCAGGCCUCGUAUGUGCUCACGUUACAGCCCUGCUAGCAAACAGAAGCCUUCGUUCUCACACUGCACUACACUGCAAUUAGCAUUGAUUAGCGCUCACGGGGUUCCUCAGGGCUCCAUUCUUGGUCCUCUACAUGUUUAAUUCAGUUUGAGCUGCUGUUAUGUUUAUAUUUAAGGCCUCAGAACAACAGUUCUGGCUAGCAUGCUAGCUAACCGCUACAUGAUCUGGAGUCAUGUUUGAGUCCAGUUGAUGAAGGUUUAGUUUCUCGCUUUUCUUUUUAAUUUGUAUAAAACCAAAUGUAAGUUUGAUUUUUAUAUCCGUCAGAAAUUAACUCUGAGGGUUGAAGCAAAUAAAGACGAACUACAACAACA